AUGGUUACCGCAACAAUCCCCAAGAAUUUCAGGCAAUGGCACAGCCCCUCGGCCAGGCCCGAGGUCAUCCACGAGCUCAUCCACGGCGUUGACCGUUACAACCCCUCCAACCUUCCCUUCAUGGAGGAAUACCUCGCCACCCAGGUCAAGGAGGGCCAAUACGACCUCCUCGCCUACUUGGCCAUCCUCAAAUUGUACCAGUUCAACCCCCAACACAGCAACCCUGAUGUCAUCAUCAACAUCCUGAUCAAGGCGCUUUCUGCCACAGUUGCUGGACCGGAUUUCAACUUGUGCUUGGAGAUGUUGAGGGAGCCUUCUGUAUGUCUGUCUGAGGAUGAGGCGCUUGUCGUCGUCUUCCCUUACUUGCAAAACCUCCACGAACUCAGCCGGUCAUGCCAGUUCACAAAGUUCUGGGCAGAGAUUAACUCCAACUCUGAGGCCGCCAACGCCCUCCGAACGCGAUACCUCCCCCAACACUAUGCUCCCCUCGACUCCUUCCGUUUCAUUUUCUCCACCUCAAUUGCCUCUUGCUUCCGCCGCAUCUCUCUCUCCCAACUCGGCCGCUGGCUCGAUCUCCCCCAGGACCAAGUUGUAGAGUGGUGCAAGAAGGUAGAGUGGCAGGUGGAGGGCGCGGAUGCUGUUGUGCCCGCGAACGGACAGAAUGAUGUGAAGGCGGGUGUCGUGAAGGAGAACGUGCAGCUCAACCAGUUGACAAAGCUGGUGGCGGCUGCUGCGUACUAG